AUGAAGAUAUCAGCAAGUGGUUGCAUCUUUCUCCUUGUCUUCAUCUACAUUACAAUUGUUUUGAGUGCACCACCAGGGGGAGAAGUUGAGGACGAAACGGAGUUUAGCUACGAGGCAAAAGGACCCAAGGGGCCAGCGAAAUGGGGGACACUAAAGGCAGAGUGGAAGAUGUGUGGAACUGGAAAAAUGCAAUCUCCGAUUAAUCUUACGGACGGAAAUGUCAAAGUUACUAGUAAAUUUGGAUCUCUGCGUAGCCAGUAUUUACCUGCCAAUGCCACUAUUAAGAACAGAGGGCAUGAUAUCAUGUUGGAAUUUAAAGGAGGGAAUAAAGGUAUAGGUAUCACUGUUCGUGGAAAAAAAUACAAACUUCAACAGCUUCAUUGGCACUUUCCUUCCGAACACUCAAUCAAUGGCGAAAGGUAUGCUCUUGAGGAACACAUGGUUCAUGAGAGCAAAAAUGGACGUUUCGCUGUUGUCGCGUUCUUAUACAAUAUUGGAGAACCUGACCCUUUUCUUCUUUCG